AUAUGAAAAGAAAAGUUGCCAUAUAUACUUGAGCUAUAUCUGUGAAUAUUACUAUCGAAAAGAUACAUCCAAAUAUCCGUUUUCCAGUUUUGAGCGAAUCAUAUAAUAUCUUUUAACAAAAAUACUCCAAUUAAAUUUUCUUUUAGGACAUCGAUUCAGUGCAGCGUCAUUCACGUCUUUAUAUUUCUCCGCCAGCACUGAUACGUCGAAUAAAAAAGAAAAAAACAGUUACGUUUCGGUGUUAGAGAGACCGAGACGAGGUUUAUGAGCUAUGGCGUCUAAUAAUCAGAAUCUACCCUUGUACGACACAAAAGACAACAAAGAGAAACCUCAACAUGCAUCCACUAUGUCCAGACAAGGAGUCUUCGCUGCUGUUUCGUACAUGCUGUGCGCAGUGCUAUUAAUAAUGUUCAAUAAAGCAGCCCUUUCUUCUUACAAAUUUCCUUAUGUAAACGUCAUUACUCUUUGCCAGAUGUUAUGUUCGUGUGCAUUUCUCUAUGUAUUGAGACGGUGGAAGAUCAUUUCCUUCACAGCUGGUGAAUCACAAGGCAAGGAUACUAACUCAAAGAUUCUUGUUCCUCUGAGGACAGUGCUUCACACUCUUCCACUGGCAUUCUCAUACUUGAUUUACCUGAUAGUUUCAAUGGAGUCUGUUCGAGGGAUAAAUGUUCCUAUGUACACCACUCUUCGACGGACUACUGUGGCAUUUACUAUGCUCUUUGAGUAUUUAUUGGCUGGCCAGAAACAUUCUCUCUCUGUUGUUGGCAGUGUGGGGAUAAUCAUAUUUGGCGCAAUCGUGGCUGGAGUUGGGGAUUUGGCAUUCGAUCCCUAUAACUAUGCUGUCGUUUUCACAGCAAACAUCUGUACUGCGAUAUAUCUUGCUUCAAUAGCCCGAGUUGGAAAGACUAGCGGGCUUAAUAGCUUUGGGCUCAUGUGGUGCAAUGGAUUAAUAUGCACACCUUUUUUGUUAUUUUGGACAUAUUUUAGUGGUGACCUGGAAAUGACAUUACAGUUCCCUCAUUUGUUCUCCCCCGGCUUUCAGGCUGUGAUGGUUCUAUCUUGUCUUAUGGCCUUUUCAUUAAAUUAUACCGUCUUCAUAAAUACAACACGCAAUUCGGCACUAACACAGACAAUAUGUGGCAAUUUAAAGGACCUCUUUACAGUUGGAAUAGGGUGGCUAUUGUUCGGCGGGCUCCCGUUUGAUUUGAAGAACGUUAUCGGGCAAUCUCUUGGUUUUCUUGGAUCCUGUGUGUAUGCUUAUUGCAAACUGAAAGGGAAGUGAAAUCUCCUUAGAAUAUGUUAAGUUACCAAACGUAGUUCGAAUUUUCUCAGUUACAGCUAUCCAUGAUUAGCCUAGCUAAUGGUUUUAUUUUGUUUCCAGUCCAUUAAUAUAUUUUUUUACAAAAAGUUGGGACUCAGAUUCUAUGCGGUGAAUUUGUGUUAUAAUGCACUCAUAUAAGUUUUUAGUGCAAAUUAUACUUCUAUAAGCAGUUUUUUAUGUUAGUGUACAUUAUACACUGGCAACAACUUUUUAAGUAGAUGACGGAUUUUUAUUAACUCUAAUCUCAUUAAUAAUGAUGACCUUAUACAUAAAAAUCUCGAUCAAUAAAAAUCUG